AUGGCCUCCUCACAGCAUAACACGUCCCAGGAAAAGGGCAUCUUCUUGAGCCCUCUCCAAGUUCCAGAUUCUUCCGGAAGAGAGCGAUCUCUCUCCGCCUCAUCAGCAGGCGCAUCAUCCUCUUGGUCUGGCCCUACAGAUUUCAACCACAGCCCAACAUCACCAACUUCAUCUCUCUCCCCAGAUAUGGCAGGGAACCCAGAUCCCUCCCGCCUGAUGGUCCAUCAAUCCUCACAUCGCCCCUCUUCAUCCAUCGAUGGCGAUACGCUUCGUCCACGCUCAGACUCAUACGCCUCGACAGCAGUCAUGCGUUCCAGAGCUAACUCCGUUGAUCCCACUCAAGCUGGUAAGGCCUUUGAUGACGUGCCGUUGUCAGAAGCCCUCAAGCCGGAUCCUCGCGACGAGGUCGAUUUCCAUGUUGAUGAUAACCGGUUCGCGUUCUCGCCCGGCCAACUGAAUAAGAUGCAGAACCCCAAGUCUCUCGCUGCCUUUUAUGCCCUGGGUGGCUUACAGGGUCUGGAGCGGGGUCUACGAACUGAUCUCAAUGCGGGCUUGUCUGUUGAUGAGGGCCGGCUGGAAGGUACUGUUGAUUUCCAGCAGGUUACGCCUCCAUUGUACGAGAAGUGUCCUUCCAUCAGCAAGCCCACUGUGGAAACUCCAGUGGUACCAGUGUCGUCUGGGGAGGGCUCGCCGUUUGAGGAUCGUGUUCGCGUGUUCAGUGAGAACAGGCUGCCCGCACGAAAGUCUACGGGGUUCUUGAAGCUUCUGUGGAUUGCCUACAAUGACAAGAUCAUUAUCCUGCUGACCAUCGCUGCCAUCGUCUCACUGUCUUUGGGCAUCUACGAGACGGUAGAUGGAGGGACGGGAGUUGAUUGGGUUGAAGGCGUGGCCAUCUGCGUGGCCAUUCUCAUUGUUACUGUUGUUACCGCAGCCAAUGACUGGCAGAAGGAAAGACAGUUCGCCAAGCUAAACAAGAGGAACAAUGACCGUGAAGUAAAAGUCAUUCGAUCAGGCAAAUCCACCAUGAUAUCCAUUUAUGACAUCAAGGUUGGCGACGUCCUACACCUUGAACCUGGUGAUUCCAUCCCUGCAGAUGGAGUCUUGAUCUCAGGCCACGGUGUGAAAUGUGAUGAAUCCUCUGCUACCGGCGAGUCGGACCAGAUGAAGAAGACCGACGGCCAUGAAGUCUGGCAGCAGAUCGUCGAAGGUCACGCGACCCGGAAACUGGAUCCAUUCUUGAUCUCUGGAAGCAAGGUCCUCGAAGGCGUGGGCACUUAUCUAGUCACCAGUGUCGGGCCGUACUCUUCGUAUGGUCGAAUCAUGAUGUCUCUUCAGACCUCCAAUGAUCCUACUCCCCUUCAAGUGAAGCUGGGUCGUCUGGCGAAUUGGAUUGGGUACUUGGGCUCAGCUGCCGCAAUCAUCCUGUUCUUUGUCCUACUGUUCCGAUUUAUUGCCGACCUUCCAAAUCACCCCAAUGUCAGCCCUGCAGAGAAGGGCAAGGAAUUUGUGGAUAUCUUGAUCGUCGCCGUGACUGUUAUUGUGGUCGCAAUCCCAGGCAAGUAG